AUGGAGUCUGAAGACGCACAAAGCCUUGAGCAGUCGAGAUUUUCUGACCCUGCCGAAAACGUCUCAAGUUCUUUGUUCAGUAAAGAAUCAACAGAGGGACUACAAUCCGAGGAAGUGUCCUCAUCGAAGGUUCCUAUCCCGCGACUCGCUCCUCCUAGAACCACUGGCAAUCGUCGCAUCAGGACGGCAUGUGCCGCAUGCAGGGAACAAAAAGCCAAGUGUAGUGAACAUCGCCCAUGCCUUCGCUGCAUCAGCUUUGGCAUCACUUGCACGUCGCUUGAAAGUAAACGCGAGAGUAGGGAAAGGCAAAUCGAAGAACUCGAGCAGCAGGUUGCUCUUUACGAAGAGUUACUGCAACACCUCCGAUCCAGGGUCGAUACUCACGAUGCAGAGCUUAUUACAAAGACAUUGCUUGGAACGAGCCCUAUCACUAGGCCCCCAUCUCCGGAUCUAGUCAGCACGACCCAUUCUACCUCUACCCAACCUUCGUUUGCCGUGGACUAUGUUGAGGAGGACUACCAUCGGAAUCAGCAACUGCACGCGUUCGGCUAUCUAGGGUCGCAUUCUGAAGUCUCAUGGAUACGUGAUUUGAGGAAGGAAAUAGACAGGGCCACCCCUUCGGCGGAGUCGAAGGCAGCUUCACCGGGGAAUGGUUCCAAGGCAUUGACCUCGUAUUUUUCCCGGGCUCAGAAGCUCAAUUUCACGAAUGGCCAGCUCUUCGACCACCCCAACCUGCAGCAGGUGCAGGCCGAAGGGUUGAGCGCCUUUUGGCUCAUGUCUAUGGGACACAUCAACAGGGCGUGGAGAACCUGUGGUCUCUCCGUCAGGUCCGCCAUCGCUUUGGGGAUUAAUCUCCGCAGCGAGAGCAAGGACACGCCGAACUUCUCCAAAGAGCUCCGGUAUCGCGUUUGGUGGUCCAUAUACACGCUGGAGAACACCCUCUCCAUCAUGACUGGGCGUCCCACGAGUGCUGCAGACACGUUCUGCACAACACCUCUCCCGAUUCCCUACGAAGAGGACCAGUUCCAUGGGCCUAUCGCGUCCCAACUUCUCUCGGACUACAGUGUCCGAUAUAGCUAUAUGCAAGCUUUCUCCUCGCGAAGGCACAAACACCCCCCUUCUCAAGUUUCGACAAAACCAGCACCGUCUGUAGGACAUUACUUGGCUUCGACUAUCAACGAGGCCGCACCUAGUAAUUCUCUUUACUUUCUGUAUUUCAUUGACAUAACGAUGAUCAUGCGGCGAGCAAUUGACGUGCUGUAUUCUCCAGGCGGGUCUAGAGAACCCUGGCUGAAGGUCGGCGCAACAAUAAUGGACUUGGUAAGAGACGCAGACGCGUGGAGUAGCAGUCUUCCAGAAGUAUUCCAGUUUAGGCCGAUGCAGAAGUCCAGGUCAUUUGAACGGCAGCGAUGGAGCCUUGCCUUUCGCUUCUAUAGCACCAAGAUCACUAUUUCCCGCCCUUCUCUUUGCCGCACCGACCGGCUUCGCCCCGGUCAAUUCCAAAAUCCCCCGCUGGACCAGCGGAAGAACGCAAAAGUAUGUGUGGAUUCGGCCUGCGAUAUACUAGACCUAUUACCAGACACACCGGACGUGCUCUGGCUGAUCCGGUUAUCGCCCUGGUGGUGUAUCAUCCAUUAUCUGAUGCAGUCCGCAACCAUUUUACUAAUCGAGCUCGAUUUCUGCGUCAAGUUUGACGUCGAAGAAGCCGCUAAAAUCACUCUGCUGGUGGAGAAAGCGAUGGGGUGGCUUCUUGCAAUGGCGGCAGAUAACCUAGCUGCUCAACGAGCAUGGGAGGUCUGCCAUAGCCUCUACUGCUGCAUUUCCCUAACGCCUGUGGACAGCAUGAUGGCCACCCCGUCCGCCUCUACUUCACCGGUACCACCUCAGAGCAAUAUCCUACGAGCGAUGCAAGAUGGGCUGCAACUCACACAGUCGCAUGUGUCUUUGCCGCAGAAUAUAGUUGUACACCCCACACUGCAAACGAUGUAUGAUCAAUUUGUGCCUCGCGAAUCUAGUGGAGCUAUAUCCGAUAAUCCUGGCAAUACCAAUUAUCAGUAG